AUGUCCAGAUUUUCUGAAGUGGCUGAGCUCCUGGCUGUGUGUUGGCUCGCUGUUGGAGGCAAGAUGAAAACUCAGAUGUUGUCCCCAAAGACCACUUAUGCAGCUUACCUUGUCUUCAAACUAGCAGAAAAUUCAAGGGGCCUUAAAGUGCCUGCAAAGGCUUCAGUUAGAUUUGUUGUGGAAAGCCAAGAUGGGGCUGAAGAUUCGAACGAUACAGUUCACCUGAAAUUGGCGACAGAUAGACCUGAGCAUUUACGAGGGUUGCUUAGGCGUGCAGCAAGACAGCCUAAUGGUCGGCUUCCGCAGAAGAGAGGGGAUGAAUGGAUGGAGAUUGAGCUCGGGCAGUUUUUUAAUGAUCAUGGAGAUGACGGUGAAGUGGAGAUGCAAUUGAAGGAGAUCCAACAGCUUAAUUGGAAGACUGGCCUCAUUGUCGAGGGCAUUGAGCUUCGGCCUAAGGAGUAA